GCCAGCCUGAUGUGCGCGCGCACCAUCCGGCUGCCGCGAGGGGCAAAGAGAAGUCGGUUAGAAGCUAAAGUGAAAGGACAAGUGAUUCACGACUUGGCGGAUCGUCAUCUUCCCCUCCCCCCAAUCAUAGUUUUGCUGCUGUCCCUUCUACCCACCCGUUGAAGUUCAGUCUCUGUCUUCAAUCUUACGUCUUUGCCGAUGAAACAAAGUGAGGAAAAGUUUUCGAUAAAGCAACGAGGGGAAGCCGCGAAGAUCACUAUCCUAAAGGUGAGGCAAAGACUGCUAUCAGUCCAGACGGCACUGCAAUGUGGGCCUCCUGCUGCAACUGGUUCUGUGUGGACAACCAGACCAUGGAUGAACCUGAGCAUAAUCCUAGGAGGCAGGCAUACACUAAUGCAGGUUACAACUCUCAGUCACCCCCAUCUGGAUUGGAGCACACAUGCAGAGCUUGUGGUUCCCAAUUUGAAAAUCCAUUGAGAAAGCAUGUAUGUGUGGACUGUAAGAAGAAUUUCUGCACAGCCUGUUCAGUCCAACCUGAGAACAAUCCUAAAAUGUGCCACACUUGCCAGAGAUUCCGUGCCACUGACUUUGAACGAGGAGAGCUAAUGAAAAUGAAAGUGAAAGACUUGCGUGAUUACCUACAACUACAUGAAAUUUCAAUGGAGAUGUGCAGAGAGAAGUCAGACCUAGUAGAUCUAGUACUGGGACAGCGACCUCCAUCUGCCCCAACCCCACAUGUGCAUAUCCCUGUUUAUAGGAUGGAUGUGCCUGAGCAACAGUACUUCAUACCAAAUAUCCACCCGGGGACAACAGCAUCUACCUCACAGGAUGCUCCACCACCAUAUGGAGCAACCAGCUCAAGUAGCCCAGGACAGUCUCGAGAAGAAAACCUGUUGAAUGCAGAAGUGACGGAAGAGAAUCCAAACGAGCCUGUGUCACAACUAGAGGAUGAGACUGAGUCCAUCGAUUCAGAGGAGAUAGUUGCCCCAGGCCGGCAUCGAGCCUCUCUAUCAGACUUGACUUGCAUUGAAGAUAUUGAAGCUCUCACAGUGCGUCAGCUAAAGGAAAUACUAGCACGAAAUUUUGUAAAUUACAAGGGAUGUUGUGAAAAGUGGGAGCUAAUGGAGAGAGUGACAAGACUGUACAAUGAACAAAAGGACCUUCAGAAUCAGGGUGGGAAUGAACCAUCAGGUGUCGAUGAGAAUCUCUGUAAAAUAUGCAUGGACUCUCCAAUUGACUGUGUGCUGCUGGAGUGUGGCCAUAUGGUCACGUGUACUAAGUGUGGGAAGCGCAUGAGUGAGUGCCCCAUCUGCAGGCAGUUUGUCAUACGGGCUGUACAUGUCUUCAAGUCUUGAGUAAUUGCAACUACUGUGACACCAUAUCGGAUCAAUUGGAGAUGUGCAUUUUCACAACCCAGACCCAGGCGGCUGAUUUAAACAUAUCUGCCCACCAAUACUACUAGUAAGUCAGUUAACACAUUUCUAGUUCACUCAAUGAAAACACUAUUUAAUUGUGUAGAAUGUUUUACAUGAGACAUAUAUCAUUCAUCUUGGAUAUGUUGAAAGGGUGUCCAUACAACUACACUUCCACUAUAGAAAGGAAAGUUAAAAUGAAUAAAAGAAAUGGGAUUAGCAAGAGAAGUACAAGAAAGCCCAAACCAAAAAGAACUUAAGCUAAAAAUCAUUUGUCUUGUAGCACUCCAUGGAGAACAUGUGGUGUUGAACUACUUUAAUAUGUGACCAAUUUUGAAAAUUGGAGAUGAGUUGACAACUCAAAAGCAGGCUGGGGGCACAGGAGAAAAGGAAAUUAUUAAAUGUAAGCUAGUUUCUGUUCGAGAUAAUUAGUAUUUUUGAAGGAUUUUGUACUUAUGUUUCAAUCAUUCAAAGUUUAUUAGAAUGACUGCAGACACUUUAGAAAUAGUGCAAUUUGUUUUUACUAGUAGUUACUUGGGGUGGGGGUUGGUCAGCAAAUUAUACAAUGGAAAUGUGUGUGGGAAACUAAAGAGCAGAAAUUAAGCUGCACUAAAAUGAGCAAGUAUUGGUAGAAGGCCAUCAUGUUAAUUGUCAGAAUGCGAGUAGAACAAAUUAAGAUCUUUCAGUUCUAGCUCAAACUUGGAUCUGCCACUUGUCUGUUUAAUUCACUGUUUAAACCUAAAACCACUGAACUAAAUUACAGCUUACAAACACGAGGCUUUUCCAAGUACAUUUGAACACCAGACCUUGGCUAGCAGGUACAUGUAUGUAGGUCAAAUUGGGUUGAUAAAAUGCACCAUCUUCAUCUUACUGUGCCCCAAACCUUCAAAUUAAACAUGGCUCCAUGUAUUUUAUACAGUUCACUGCUGUCUGAAUCAUCCUGCUUUCUACACUGCAUAGGUUGAAUGACCAUACUUAAAGAUAAGUAGAUACAUACAAUUUAAAAAGUAAGUGCAAGUUUUUCUUUUUAAAUCCAGUCUAUUGAUCUUUAACUUCGCAUUGGUGUCUACAGUGCAAUAACUGCAUGCAAAUGUUUACAGGAGUCUAAAACAGGUUAAAGGUUAAGCAGUGUAACAUCGUACAUUCUGUUAAAAUGUUUAAGAUUGAGUGGUUUCUCCCCACUGUCAUUCCAAAUUGACUGGUUGAUACCAACACCCUUGUAUUUUUUUUCCAUUCUGUCACUGUUUGGUACUGGUUUUUUCAUUUUUGACAGUACUACAUAAUCAUUGUCUGAUCUUAAGUUUAUACCAACGUUUUUCCCUAGAAAUCUUUACUUAUCUUUUCCUUCCCCCUCACAACCAAAAGAAAAUUCAUGACACCAAAUGCACUAUUUGAAGUGGAUUUUAUUGACAAGUUUUAAAACCUGUUGUGCCUUGAAGUAAUCUUAUCUGUUUAGUGUUUUUCUUUUGCCAAUUAAGUUUUCAACACGCAAACAUUUUAGUGUACUGAUGUUUGGAUUCUAAUCAAUUUGUUAAACCUUUGUAUCUGUUACUUAUUUUGUACCUGUUACUGUUCUAAUAAUGGGGCAUUGCAACCUUUGUCCAUCUGCAGAAACAUGUUUACAGUUUCCCACUUUUUCUCAGGAUUGAAAGCUGUUUCCUGCCACAUUUUUCUCAAACUGUGCCCUAUCCAUUUUAAACCUGUUCUCUAGCACAGACAUUGUUUCAACUAUGUGAACUGACUAUGCCUAUAUUUGAAAUGGUGCUACUUGUAUCUUGAAAGCAGUAACUAAUGUGGUAGAUAGAUCAACUGAAGCCUUAGUUGUUGUGUUUACAUUACAAACUUUGAAGAGCCUUGUUGCCCUUAGACCAGAAUGUUGCAAAUUGUGAUUUGUGAAUACCACCUCAAAUCAGUCCUUUCAUAUUGUAAACUUCAAAACCCUGGAAUAAGUAUAUAUUAGCAUCAACCAUCUCUUCCACAUACCCCAAAAAUAAAUGAGCAAAUACCAUAGGUCUCCAAAAAGAGUAUUUUGUGAGGGACUUUCUACAUGGGUAACAAAAUAUCUCCCAUUGUUACUAAAAUGUUGGAAACUAUACCACUCUCUCAAAUAAGCCCUGUUUGUGUUGCAUCCAUUAUGGCAGCAAUGGCUUAGUUUCGUGAGAAGAAAUAUAUCAAACAAUUAUCUUCUCCUUCACAAAUGCUGUCUUGAACUUGCCUGACAUCAGGAAGACUGUACUACCUUUAAGUUUCCCACUUUAUAUUUUAUUUACUUUUUUUUCUCUGCCCACCUUAGCAUAUCAGGUGAACGCUCCUUAAGUGUGUUAAUGUGUGGUAUGCCUAAUCUGAAGGGCAGUAGUGUUUGCUGUUGACAAUCAAUCAUCAAAGGUUGUCUUUUAUACAUGCACACAAACCAACACUUUCCUUCCUCUCCUUAUAUGUUGUUGAAACCUAAAAGGAGCUGCUGAGAGGUUGGAUUGAGGUGCUGGUGAUGAGUGAAGACUUUAUAAUAAGAUAAUGGGUGGGGGUGGAUUUAUUCAGGGUUUCACCUGCUCUUUUACUGUAACUGGGCAUUUACAAGUGUAACCCAGGUAUCCUUCUACCUUCUGCCAAAGUUAUGGUGGGCAGAAGCCCCAGGAAAUUCACCUCCAAUUUAUUUAAGUAUCUUGUAAUCAUACUUGUGUCAAUGUAAUUUAUGUAAAGGCUGUAUUUUGGAAAAAGGAAUUCCUACAGUUAAAUGUACUUUCCAGUUGCAGAUGCUUCUACAACUAGAGUGAACUGUACUGUUUACAGAUUUAUCUAGUUGUGUGUUAUUUAUGUCAGCUGACAUUUUUACAUUUGGAUUAUCUCUUUUUAAAUUUUUUUUUAAAUUGAUAAUAAAAUAUUUUUUUUGCUAUAAUAUCACAAAAUGGCCUCAGCAUAAAACACCAUGAUAAGGGCAAUCUACUGAAAAUUCAAGUUCACUAUUGUCUUCUCCAUAAAUGUGGAUUUUCAAUUUUAUCAAUUCUUAAUUGGAAGAUUAUACGCCAAAAUUAUUUUUUCUUCCAUGUAUGUUCAGCUUAUCUUUAGCCUUCCUGCACUGGAGUCUCUCUGGUUCAGUUUCUUUAAAGUUCAUUUUGCAAAUUGAAGAAUUAAUGUAUAUGUAACAUCAUGAAUUUACCUUUUCUUCUUCUGACUCUUUAUGUACUUUUAUUUGUUUCAUUUUUUUCUUAAUGAUGUGAUUUACAUAUUUUAAGUGAUACAGAUUCUGAUGGUGAUUUACAGACUUCUUAAAAUUGACAGGCUGUUUGGGAGAAUUGGCUUAAUACUCCCUUUUCGUAACUGACAUCCUCUGUAGUCCAAAAGUAGAAGCUGUGAAAAGCUCAAUGUUGCUUGAAGUGUUUUAGAUAUUGCUUUCAAUUUUUCAGUAAAGUUGGGGAAGCUGAAAGGGUUUUUUUUUAAUACAGGAUAGAAGGAAAAAGAGAGGCAGUUCUGGCUCUGUAGUCCCAGCUGCUUUAUAGGGAAUUGAUACAUCCCCUUAAAGGGGUAAAAGUCUCAGGAGUUUAUUCCCAUAACCUCUUCCCUUUAUAAAGAAGAAUAGUCUGAGCCAAUUUUCUUUCUUUUAAUUUAGGCCUGACAUUACCAACUCAGUGUAUUCACUAAGAGGCUCCUAACGAACAGCAGGAACUUCAUUUGCAAACCAGCCUGGAAAUCAUGUGAUAACAGGUUCCCCAGCUGGCUGCACUGUGCCCUGACAUCUGGCGACUCUGAAGCUGGCCACCCCCUCAAUUCCCCAUAGCAUUUCCUAAAAGCUGUUUUGGAUGCUGUUAGUGAAGUCAUCAGGCCAGCUGAGCAGCGAGGCAGUUCUCAAAAAAAAAUCAGAAAAUCCUGGAGAUAUUCAGCAGGUCAGGCAGCAUCAGCGGAGGGAGAAACUGAGUUCAUAUGUUUCAGGUGGAUAACCCUUCACCUGUCUCUGUCUUAAGUGACCCAGGUUUACUUGCACUAAUCUCUUUUUUUACAUUCUUGUUAAAGCUAAUGCAGUCUAUUUUUAUAUUUCUUGCUACUGUAGUUUACUCUCGGAGUUAACAUUCCAGAUUAAUCAUUUUUCACCAGUUCUGUACUGGCUUUUAAAAAAAACUCUAUGCUUUUCCUAAAAUUCCAAACAUAUUUGCUUAGAGUAUUAUUUUCAUGGAUAAAAUGAAGAAAUAUUUUGAUCAAGUUGUGCUACCCAUCAUUAAGUAUUGGAGCUUGUGUGAGUAGUCUAAGGAUAGGAUGUCCCAUGAUGUAUAUUCGAACCAGUGUGAGAACAAAAUAUAUUGCGAGAGGCACAUGCUUUCAUCUUUGACAAUCUGUUACUUAAACCGACUGAAAAUCUAGCAAUGGAUGAAGAAAGAUUUUGUCAAAAGAGCAAUGUUUCCUAUAAAUGACUCUUGAGCAGAAAAAGUGAGCAACCUGUAACUGUUGUACACUUGUUUUACAACAUCAUUCACUGCUAGUAAGCACAGGUCUGUGAAGUGUGCUUAUGUUUGGACAUACACUGUGGACUCUGGAUUGGCCAAUAAAUAUGAAAGGGUUCUGGGUUGAGUGACCUGUUACAUUAGAGGAGAGCUAUGGAUGGCUGGGAAUGGCUUUGAGCUACAGGAAGAGUGAACCCACCAUCGAACCAAAUCUUGCUAGAAAUUGAUCUAGUAAUGUUAAUUUGUUCACCAGAAAUUAAUACUAAAAGUGGCUCAAUGUACUAAUACAAAUGCCUUGCAUUUGUGAAAAUCAAAAAUCAGUGUAUUAUCAGGAAGACAGCAGCAUUUGAAGCAGAGAUGGAAUGGAGAUGUUAACAUUCUGUUGUGGCAGUAUAUCGAAUAACUUGCAUAAUGUGGAUUUAAAAUCAACUGGCUAGUUUGAUCAUUUAUUUUUACUGUUUUAUUGCUAGUCACGUUACUAUUACUGUAACCUGUUCAGUAACAGUAGGUAGAGAAUAUUGAAACCACACCAUCUGUAGACCAGAAUUUCUUUCCUGUUUGUGCUUUACGUAUUCAUAUGUUCUGUAUCAAAAGAAAUUGAGUGUGAAUUUAAUCAACAGAAUUUAUUGAAAAUGACAAUCUAAAUCAAAUCCUCUGUGAAAUCUUUACUAACUACCGAUGCUCCUGAAGUACCAUAUUACGUUGCCCAUUUGCCUUCCAGACUUUGAGAUGUGCUGUAAGUUUAGUUUUUUUUAAACUUGCCACACUUCAACUCCCAUCUCCUACCUAAAUAUCUUCAGUAAAAUAGAGCAAGUAAAAAAAUGAGUAAUUAUGCUCUAGUUACUCCUUUGAAAUCCUCUGAACUUUUUGAAAACAGGCAUAUUAAUUAACAGGAUUUAGCAAUUCAACUCAAUUUGGAGAAAUGAAGGGUGAAGAAACUCAUGAGUACACAAAUCAAUUAUCUGACCAGAUUAAGAAUGUUAUUUGAAAUAAACCCUUCAAAUAAAAGUUGUUUUCUCCCCACUUCAUUUUGUAAUAAAACAACAACAGUUUUAUUACAAAAGCAUGAAGGUAUGAUUUUUUUUUAAAUCAAGUACAAAGUGGGGCUUGUUCUAUGAAGACUGGUGAUCAAAUAUUUACAUGGGAAGUGCAUAUCUCUAGUUGAAUGUAUAAUUUCACAAUGUUUAAAGCAUUGGUAGGUUUUUCUUUUUAUUAAAUGCUAUUUUAAACAAUGAGAAUAUAACAACAUUGGAUGGAUUUUUUUAUUUUGUAAGGCAACUGACUGUGUCAGGAGCAGAAUUAGAAAUCAGGCAUAAAAUGCUUAAUUUCUUCUAUCAUAAGAGUGACUAAUGAAAUUUAUUUUCAUUGUGUGGGUUUUAUUGUUUCCUUUUAACUGCUUUGGGAAAUAAGUGAAUGGUCCUACAGAGCACUGAGUAGACUAAAUGACAGCACUGUAAAUGAGGGUCUAAUGAUUAAUGCUAUAAACUUAUGGUUUGAUGGAGUUUGGUAACCUAUCAUUUAUCUACACUCAAAUAUUGUCUAUUCUAACUAACUAGAAAUUUUAUAUUGAUUAUAUGAAUCAUCUCCUUGGCUAAUUUUAAAGCCUGUAUAAAUUUUCUUGUAUAUGAUUUUAGAUUUCAUUUUUUCUGAACAAUAAAGAAUAUAUUUGGAAUUUU